GAGAGCUGUGCUUCUCCCACUCCCCUCAGCUUCCACAGGAUUUAGUUUCUCAGGGAUGGCCGCAUCUAUUCUGGAGGAAGACGCACGCUAUGGCUCCAGUCCCCUGGCUAUGUUAACUGCUACCUGUAACAAGUUUGGCAGCAAUAGUCCCGUCAGAGAUUCUGCUACCCCUGGUAAGACGAGCAGCACCACUCCAGUGAAGAAGCCCUACACCAUGACCUCUGACCUUCAGGCAGUGAAGAACGUUCGGACCGCAGACAGUGGCCUGGCGGACUCCUACACUGGCUCCUUCACUACAGCUGGAGGAGGAGGAGGAGGUGGUGGUGGUGGCGGGCUGCUUACCCCCACAGGAAGCCCUCCUCCUUCAGCUGGAGGCUACGCGACAGAAUAUAACCCUUUCUCCCACUCCUUCCAGACCUCUGUCUCCCAGGACCCGUCUCUUUUAGUAUCCAAGACCCACGCUACGGCAGACUGCCUCACGAGUGUCUACACCUCACUGGACAUGACACAUCCUUAUGGCUCCUGGUACAAGGCCGGGAUCCACCCUGGCAUCACUACUGCCCCAGCUAAUGCCACGUCCACCUGGUGGGAUGUCCAUCCCAACUCCAACUGGCUGUCAGCAACCCAGCCCCAGGCAGACGGAGGCCUCCAGGCCUCCCUGCAGCCUGUAGCACCUCAGGCUUCUCUUAGUCCACAGUUACCCAGCUACAGUACCGAUUUUACACCCCUCAACCCAGCUCCUUACCCUUCUGUGGGACUGAGUUCCUCCUCACACCUCCUCCAGCCCUCCCAGCACAUGCUGCCCCAGGACAUGUACAAGCCCAAACCUGUGCCAAAUGCAGGGCUGAUGGAAAGCCCCAUGGGCCUUAAGCCUCCUAGGAGCUCAGGAGGCUACAGUGGAGGGGCUACACCCACUAGGUCUUCAUGCGAUUGCCCCAACUGCCAGGAGCUGGAGAGGCUGGGCGCCUCAGCUGCUUCCCUGAGGAAGAAACCAGUCCACAGCUGCCACAUUCCAGGCUGUGGGAAGGUCUACGGCAAGGCUUCCCACCUCAAAGCCCACCUUCGCUGGCACACUGGUGAGCGGCCAUUUGUUUGCAACUGGCUGUUCUGCGGAAAGCGUUUCACCCGCUCCGAUGAACUGGAGAGACAUGUGCGCACCCACACGCGGGAGAAGAAGUUCACUUGUCUACUGUGCAACAAGCGUUUCACGCGCAGCGACCACCUCUCCAAGCAUCAGAAGACCCACGCAGAUUCUGCAGUACAGGGGAAAGGCGUGGGCGUGGAUGGAGACACAGAUCCUAGGAACGAAGAGGCCGCAGAUCUGAACACCAGCGCUGUCCCGACUAAUCCUGUCGCCGACCCCAUCACCAAUGGAAAUGAGAAGACUGGUGCCGCUAAUGGAGUGGAGAACAGCAGUGGACUGUUAGAGAUCUGAAGAUCUUCACACAGUGUUUUAUAGAAUGCUAUUCAAAAACAUUUGGAGCCUUUUCUUUUCACCAUAAAAGAUGCUAUCUUGUCACAAGAGAAACAAAUUCUGAGACAAUAUUUGAUCCGAUUUGAGAUGACCAAGCAUAUUGCAGAUAGCAAUGGCUUCACUUUCCUCUAGACCACACACAUGCUCACGAAUAUGAGUAGAAGCCUGUAAACAUAAAUGAAUACAGAAAUGCAUGCAAGCACACAGGUACAUGUACCCAUGCAUAUAUCACACACGCACGAGCACAUGUGGACCAACACAUGAAGAGAAAUAACUGUUAGCAAAUGUGCAAGCAUAUAUAAAUGCAGGCGCACAUGUAUGUCUGCACAGACAUCCGAGUAAACACGCUCAUGUACACGUAUUGUAGCUUGCACACAUUUUCUGCCUUUCAAAUGAGACAAACCACUGGGGAAAUUUAAUCUGCAAAAGCAGAAGGAAAAGAGCUCUGAAGCCGCAAAAGGAAACUUGUUUUACAACGAGACUUAUGGUUAGGAUGAUGGAGUUGAUGGAGCAUCGCAUGCCUCGAGAAAAAUCUGAUUUACAGCUGUACUUUGAUACUUAUUCAUUAUUCUUGAAACAAUCAAUGGACAGUCUUACUUACUGCUUCUUGUUGCCAAAGACUUUUUUUUUUUAUGCAAAAGUUUAGCGUUGACAUUUGUUUGCUGUUUAACUCUGUGUCUAAUUUAAUUUCAUAUUUACAAAAAUAAUCUAAUUUAUGCCUUAAAUUAUACACAUGGAAGAUUAUCUUGCAUCCAGCAGGAAAUACAAUUCCUGAA